AUGUCUCCCAACCCAUAUGCUUGCCGUUUGAACAGACUUCGCCGGAAACACAAGCCAGCAACCCCUCUGCAGGAAGCAUUUAUCGCCCAGCAGGCCAAAAAUCGUGCUCAAGCUGGCCAAGCCUCUCAAGCCUUUUUUCAAGGGAACGCUGGCAACCCGAGGCUACCUGUUGAAUAUCGACCAGAAUGGGUCAAUAUUCCUAUGGACGAGGAAGACGAAUUUGAUGAUCAUCCACCAGAACCUCAUUUCAACGCAAUGGACAAAGACAAGGUUGAACUUCUGGAGCGCAUUGCUAGGGCUCAAUAUCAUGCAAAACGUUUAGAAAAGCAAAAACAAUGGCUUAACCAAUGUGAAAAAAUGCUACCGUUCUUCUUGUGUGGUCGUCAACUAACCUCAGAAUGGGGUGAUAUCUUGAAGUGGGACUCCGACCAUAAAAGAGAAUUUGGUUCUAUGACAAGUCGAUUCAAAGUUGUGCUGGAAAGGCUUGAAGAGGCACAGAAAGACUUGGCUAAUAUUGAGACACAAAGCCCAGCUCUCAACUUGGAAUACAUGAAAAACCAGUGGGCUAGACAAAAAGAAAUGCAGGCGCGAAUUAUCAGUGAGACCGCUGAAGAUAAACAGGAGCAAAUCCUAGUAUUGAUUGAGCUUGAAGAGGACAUGCUAGAGGCUUAUUGCAGAGUGGAAGCCAUAUCUGCAAAGCGACCCCGAAUGCGGACAGGCGCUGAGCGGGCAGAGCUGCUUGAUCUCCCCCAAACAUUGAUUGCACUCAAGCAGAAAGUGCAGGACUUGGCGGAAGAACUAGGAUCUGAUGAGUUCUUACACCUCACAGGGACAUCAGAUUCCCAGUCCAAGCUCUUACUGACGGUGCGCUUGUCAAAGUCAAAGCUUUACAAGGCCAAGGUGGGGGUUAUUGAAAACCAGAGACGAGCAGCUUUAAAUACAGGCGAUGUGCAAGCCGAGUCAAGGCUCUUGUACUUGGGUCUAGUGCUAUCAUUGGGUCGGUUAUGGAUGACAUGGAGCAAUGGUUUAAGGAGCAUGCUUGAAAGCACAUCAAUGUACUUUGCGGACAGUCAUAUUGUGGAUGUGGCCCUUCUAACUCAAUGGGAGGAGAUGUGUUUGAAGAGCGCAAUGGAGUGGGCAGCAAUAGUAAAUUUACCAAGUUUGAUUGCAGAGGCCGCGGAGGAAGAUGAAGAUGUUCUUGAAGAUGUUGCAGAUGUUGCGGAUGUGUUUUAA